UUUGAUUGUGAACAUGGCGUCGAAUACAGCCCCAACGGGCGUGAAGAACGAAAAAGUGGCUAUUGUUGGCAGUGGACUGAUUGGACAGAGUUGGGCCAUGCUUUUUGCUGGGGCAGGCUACAAUGUUAGUCUCUUUGACAUUGACCCAUCUUUUGUUGCCAAAGCAAUCAACAACAUCAAAGAACAACUCCACGAACUUGAGAAGAGCGGUAUGUUGAAAGGAGCGCUGACGGCAGAUGAACAGUUUGGUUUGAUUUCAGGAUGUGACAAUUUAUCAACAGCCGCUAAAGGUGCUAAACAUAUACAGGAGUGUGUUCCUGAAGAAUUAGAAUUGAAAAAGAAAGUUAUGUCGCAAAUUGACUCAGUUGCUGAUGACCACACUGUAUUGUCAAGCUCAACGUCUACUUUGGUGCCAUCUUUAUUCACUGAGGAUUUAAAACAUCGACAUAAUGCCUUGGUUUCACAUCCUGUAAAUCCCCCGUACUAUGUGCCAUUUGUAGAGAUAGUACCCGCACCAUGGACUGACAAAUCCGUUGUCACCAAUACUAAAAUAUUGCUUGAAGAAAUUGGUCUGAAGCCAAUCACCAUGACGAAAGAAAAACCUGGGUUUGUUUUGAAUAGAAUCCAGUACGCUAUUAUUAAUGAGUGUUACCGGCUUGUUGAGGAGGGUGUGGUCAACACAGAGGAUGUAGAUACGUGUAUGAAAUGGGGACUAGGCAUGAGAUAUGCAUUCAUGGGAGUAUUUGAAACAAUUCAUCUCAAUGCUGAAGGCGCAAAAAACUACUGUGAAAGGUAUGCAGAAGGAAUGAAGAAUGUAUCUAGAGACUUUGGUCCAAUACCCAGUUUCACAGGUCCUUUUGUAGACAAAAUGCAGGAGGAGAUCUGUGAAAGCAUUCCACUGGAUAAACUAGCAGAAAGACGUCAGUGGAGAGAUAAGAGACUGAUAGCUCUUGCUAAACUGAAGAAGGAAAUGGAUGAAGCAGAUGAUAAAUGAUCGUAGAACAGUGGGAAUGGUAUGCAAUUCACUGACUUUGAUUUAAAAGUACAUAAAAA